UCAAAGGUCUUGGAUUGGAUAUUCGUACGCCGACCUGAAUUUAUGUAUAUCGCUUGGUCUCCGUUAUAAGUAGUAAGCAAGAUGCUACCAUCGACAUGUCACCAGCACUUGCUCUUGGUUUUGAAGGUCAAAGCUGUAAUCAUCUCCAUCUCUCGACCGAUCAAGCUGUACGCCAUUGCCGCCCGCCAUGUUUGGCUCUAAGAUCCUCCCUGCCAUUUUCCUGGCCAUCGUAAACGUAUCAGCCCUCGCAGUAGAGAAAGUUGCUACGAGACAAGAUCAGACUUGCGUAGCUACGUGCGGCAAGGUUUGCUACUGGCAGGAAGAUAUUGAUGAAGCCGUAAAGCAGGGUUAUUCUUUACACCAGUCCGGUCAGACUGUCGGUUCGAACGACUAUCCUCACCAAUACAAUAACCGCGAGGGUUUUGACUUCCCCGGGCAGGCCCCUUACUAUGAAUUUCCUAUCCUAAGCAGCUUCGACCCUUAUGAUGGAGGCAGCCCCGGUGCGGACCGUGUCGUUUUCAAUGAGGCUGGCGACUACCAAGGCGCUAUCACGCAUACCGGAGCAAGCGGUAAUAACUUCGUGGAGUGCACCUAAGUGCGCGCCGUCCAAGUUGAUUUGAGUAGGGCCCACGUUGAUCCAAUACUGAACUGUGUGAACGGUUAUGAGUGCUCUGCAUAUAGGAAUUUGAGCAUGUUAGCAUCUCAUUUAUUCAAAAUGAUGACACAUGCCCUAUGUCAUAACAUUCAUCAUCACGAAUUAUGUAUUAAGAAUUAUAUUCGAAGAAUCGUACGAAAUCUGCCCGAAGUGUUCCAUAAUUGGGGUUUGCUCGACCAGGAGACGGCGAAGAGUUGAAUAACAAAAUUUAUCGGAUCAUAUGUAUGUCGCAACAAAGCUGUAACGUAACCGCACCAGAUCAAG